AUGAACAGUGGAACCACUCAAUAUGAGUGGGCGAAGACAAUUCCCUGCAGAAAUAUCAAAAUUCACGGAUAUUGCAAGUGGGAGAAGAAAGGCUGUUCCUUUAACCAUGAUGAUCCUUCAAGGAAACCUAAUUCAGAGACAACGCCGGUUUCCGAACCCACGUCGGCGUCUACCACGUUCUCCGCAGAAAGCGUGCCUAUUAUUAAGACCAAUAGUGGCCAAGUAAAGACCCCUGUUCCUAAUUCGUCUCCGUUGGCCUCACAUUCGGAAACAGCCGAUACUGGAGCUCGCAAGAAGUUCAACUUCGACACCCCUUCAUUCACCCCCACCGGCUCCAUGGUUUCCAAAUUCGCAGACCUCUCCUCCAAAUUGAGCGACAUCCCUGCUUUCUCCCCCUCUUCUGCCACCGCAGUGCCUGCCUCUUCAGGUCUUCCCUUUGAUCCUGAAAGCGCUCCAAUUUUCACACCUGGACUCCAGUCGGAAGCAGAACCGUUUUUCCAACAAACUAAUCCGUUUCCCAUCAAUUACCACUUGUAUGCCGGCCAGCCACCGCCCCACAUCCACCAUCAUCUCAAGCCUCACGAGAAGACCGUCUCAGAUUUGUUCAUCCCUAAUAAUUUGAGAGAAGAAAUACAGCGGAAAAACGAAGAGUCUCUGCGUUCCAUUUCCGUUGCGCAGUCAGGUUUGCCAAUUCAUGUCAACCAAUACCACAGUCUUUGUCCAAUUGACCAGAAAUUUGAAACCAGUGCAAAGUCCUUUGGAUAUGUUUCUUCUGUCUACAAAGCGAUGUCCAAUUUGGAUGGUAAACUGUACACUAUGAGAAGAUUAGAAAAUGUUCCAAUAACAUCAGAAGCUUGUUUCCGGUCUGUGAGCAAAUGGAAGUCGCUGAACUGUGCAAACGUGGUAAAACUCUAUGAAGUCAUGACUACCCGUGCUUUUGACGACAACUCUCUUGUUUUGGUCUACGAUUACUACCCAAUGUCUCUAAACCUGCUGGAAGCGCAUUUUUUCAAGAUAGGCGAGAAAGAUCCUGAACUUAUUACCGAGCCUUUAUUAUGGAGCUAUUUGAUCCAACUCACAAAUGCCCUGAGCGAGGUACACAAAGCCGGUCUUGCGGUCAGAAUCUUUGACCCAACAAAGAUCAUAGUUACAAACAAAGGCAGAAUAAGGCUAUCUGCUUGUGGAGUGUACGACAUCUUGGAGGCUGCUACCAAAGAAUCCCCUAAAGACACCCUUGAGGAUUUGCAAAAAGGAGACCUGCAAGGAAUGGGAAUGCUUCUACUUGAUCUGGCCAAGUCAUUGGUCUUCUCCAAGGUUCAAAACUUGGGCGUCACGGAAACCAUUCCGAAAUUGACGGUGUCAGACAAAUUCAAAGACGUUUUGCGGAAACUCACGACACAGGACAUAUCCGUUGCACAAUUACAGCAAAUCAUCGCACCGGAGAUUCUCUUGUUCACUAAUGGAUUACAAGACUCUGCAGAUUACAUGGAGGCAUGUCUAUCACGCGAAGUCGAAAAUGCACGGCUGGUUCGUCUUUUCGCAAAGCUCGAUUCUAUCUGCGACCGCCCAGAAUUCAUCAAGGAUGGCUCGUGGUCUGAAACCGGCGAGCGGUAUCCGAUCAAAUUGUUCCGCGACUACGUUUUCCACCAGGUGGAUGAGACAGGAAAGCCUGUCUUGGACCUCACUCACGUGGUGAAUUGUCUGAAUAAGCUCGAUGCUGGCGUCAAGGAGACCAUUCUUCUUGUUUCUCCGGACGAAAUGAGCUGUCUUAUUGUCAGCUACGAAACUCUUCGAGAUCUGGUGGAAAAAAGUUUCCGACAGCUGCGCUCUUGA